UCGUCUUAUGGAGUUCAUUAUUUCUCAAAAAAAUAAGCCGAACAAUAUGAUGGCUGAGGAACUAUUCGCUAAAGGUGUAAAGAUGAUCAAUUUUUAUGAUGUCGUCAUUGAUCUAAUGCUUCUAGAAGCCUUUGAAUUAUUAGCUAAUCCACCUAGUUCUGUAUUAUCUGUCACUAGACAUAAAUGGUUAAGUGAUAAUUUUAAACGUUGCGCUCUUGAUUCAACUGUUUGGACUAUUCUAUUGGCUAAACGAAAAUUAUUAAAAUAUCCAGAUGGGUUUUAUGCACACUAUUAUAGUAUGGUUGGUACAGUUUUGCCUGCAUUAGCUUGGGGUUUUCUUGGACCAAAUGAAAAUUAUUUUCAUAUUUGUGAUCGUUUCCGUGAAAUUAUUAUAUCAUUUAUUCGUGAAUCAUUUAUAUGUUAUGAUGCAUCAACAUCAUCUACAUUGGCAAGAAUCUCCUGUUCAAAUGGUUUACCAUUAUAUUUCAGUGAACAUUCCAUAAAACAUGAUAAAUUUGAUAAAAGUAUUUUCAAUAAUUAUUCACUAGAUGAAAACUUGUUGAAUUCUACCAUUGAUUCAAAUGAUAGUAAUCAUGAUUAUAAUAAUCGUAACAGUGGUGAUGAUAAUAGUAGUGCGGGUACUACUAUAUCUGAAUCUGGUCCUACAAUAGUGUGUCAGUCAGAUCAGUUACCACAAACUAUCUCACCGAAUACAAUUCAUCGUCAAAUUGGUUUACGUUAUACAACUGUAGAAGAUUUAGCAAAUGAUUUAUAUAAAUUAAUUAAUGUUUAUUCUGAAGAUUUAUUAAACAUGUUCAUUGACGAACUGAAAUUAUCUGAAAAUACGCUACCAUUUGAAUUGGAAUCGAAUCCAGUCCAACCGAUACUAUGUCGUAAAGUUGAAUAACAAAUAGUGGAUACUUUUCUUAGCAAAAAUAUGUUUUCAAUUCCCAUUUAUUUUUAUUGUUUUAUUUAAACCCUUCGUACGUUGUAUGUACAUAUGCAUUUAUUAAUGUAUGAUAAACUUUUUUUGUUUCAAUAUUUAUUAUUAAUGUCAACUAUGAAACAUUCCCAAAUAUAGAAGUAGAUUUUUAGUUUUCCUGGAAA